GUGGAUGCCGGUGUAUGUUGACGUUAAAAGGGAAGUCCGUUAAAGCUUCCAGUUUGUUUAAGGCAAAGAAAUAUGACCGACCAAAAAUCACGCGAAUCAGUUCUAAGUUUCUCCAAGUAUUGUAUGAUUUUAGGCGGCAUAUGGCGUUUAGAACUACCAUGGCAUAACGUCGUGUUGACAACAGCAUACAGAAUUUACUCAAAAUUCGUUCGGUUCUUCUUUCCAUUAAUUCUAUUUUCAAUGUUCGCUCAGUUUAUACUAAUGGUGACUUAUGAAAACGCUCAUAAAGAUCAAGAAACAAUUUUCAAGCAACUGGGUUACAUCACCUGCUUGGUGAUGGUGCAAGUCGGCGCUAUUCUAUGUCAGCAACCCAGAUUAAUCCAAAUCAUCUCGUACGCUAUGUUAGAAGAAAAAAAAAUUAUGCACUGUAGUGACGAAGAUAUUUUGCUUAGCCAUACCAAGCAACUGCGUUUUUGUCGAACGUGUAAUGUGGUCUUGUUUGCCGUUACCACUGGUGCUGGAGUGGCUAUACUCCUCGAGAAUUUCUGGAUAAGGCACGAGAUCAGCAAACAUAACCGCGAAUGUAACGCUAGCCUCGAGAAACCUUUUGUCUAUGAACUAUACUACUACAAACUGGAUAAGGAGAAUCAUGAAGGAUUAUUGUUAAUGGUUAAUGCACUCGCCGAUUUCGUCGGAGUUUGUCUCCUGAUGUCCACGAAAAUAAUUUUUUCAUCGUGUAUUAUAUUUGGGUCGUCAUUACUUAGACGGACCCAGAUCCGAUUGAGGAAACUGAGUAGCUACGGGUUGAAGCGUCUCGUUUUAGAACAUCAACUAGUGAUUAGAUUUGUGCAAAACCUGAAUCAUUCCGUUAAAUACAUGAUUUUGAUGGAGUAUUUUUUGAAUUCGUUGAACAUUGCUGCGGUCUCCGUUCAGGUUAUGUCGUUUCAGGAUAUAAACAUGUUGGCAUCUCCGUUUCUUUCGUUCGGCAUACUUUUCGUUGAGACUUUUGUUCUGGGUUGGACAGCGAACGAAAUCAAAGUUCAAAGUUUGGCAUUGUCAGACGCUUUGUAUGACAGUCCGUGGUAUGAGCAAAAUAAGAGGAUCAAAAAAGCUAUACUUACCAUGUUAGUCCGGGCGCAAAAGCCAUUGCAAAUGACCAUUGGCCCCUUUGAUGCAAUGAGUACGCAGUCAGCCCUGACGAUUAUCAAAGCGUCGUAUUCGUAUAUUACGUUAAUGGCAAAUUAAUCUCGCCAUCGAAUUCAAGUUUAAGAACUGUGUGUUUGUAUAGCAGAAAUAUUAUAUAAUAUUGAACCUUUUGACUUCCUAAUAAUUAUAUACCCUCGAUCUGCUGGGUAAGACACACUGGCGAAUUGACCCAUUAAUUUAAAUGAUAAAUAUUGCAACUGCAUACAAUAUACCCUAUAGAUAAUAUUUGUGUUUAUUUGUUAGUAAAGUUUUUUUAGUUGGAGCACUCAAAUCAAAUAACAGUUUCAAGGAAUUAGACUCCGUAGUGGUCCCUUUCCAUACGCGUUAGCUUCAAAUUCAGAUUUAUUAUGAGUCCAUUUUAUGUUUGAAUCGAUAAAUUUACAAAAACCAGCAUAUAUUUUUUUAAUUUUAAUUAAUGUAUUUGUUUUACCUUCAGAUUUAAGAAACUAAUUUACCUCUGAAGUUAUGAAUAAUGUAAAUAAGUAUUAUGAAUGUUACCUUACAUGCACCAUACCAAAAUUAUAGCAUAAUAUCUUUAAUUUGUUUUAUUUUCCAUAUUUUGUUUUCGGCAAAAAUUAACCUAUUAUUUUAAAAAAAGGCGUUGCAAUUGAUUAGGUGAUAAAAAUGACAUUUGGUGCUAUUAAACUAAGUAUAUUAAGCAUUAGGGGAUAGUGACGACUUAAAUUCGUUUACGGUGUAUGUAAUAUAUACGUUACUGUGAUAAAACACUAUAGGCUGUAGCACUUAAGUCGAAUUUCGAAGAUUACAUUUACAACAUUCAAGAUUUACUAUUUGGCACAGAUUUUUAAUGAUACUUUGAUUUCCUUAGCAUAAUUCCUGGAAAAGUUAAUACACCUUAAUUUUCUUAAAUCGCAUAAUUAAGGCGAUUCAGGUAGGUCCACAUCGUUGUCAUUAACUGCUCUUCAAUUAUGAGAAGGUUUAAGAAAAUUUUUAUCUACGGUUUUAUCAGUUACAACUCAGUCGUCUUUGGUGUAGUGGUAUAGCAACUUAGUGUCUUCAUAUAAAAAUGGUAAGAACAUUUCACAAUAUCUUGGUACAUUUUCCGGUUUGCUAGCGGCAGCUCAAUGGAGCGUGAAUAAAAGUAUAUGUUAAAGAAACCAUGAUCAAAAUUUGUAUUUGAAUAUUUAGCUUUAUCACUGGUAUUUUGCUAACUCCAAAAGUUCUUGUUGAUGUGUACGUUAAAGUUAAAUUAUUUUUUAGAUUUCGGAAGAUGAUCUAUGUCGGGAUACUGCCAAUAUGUCGCUGGAUGAUAAAGAAGUGGAGCAGAAAAUUAUAGCGGAAUUUUUGUGUCCUGUGUGUUACAAUUACAUAUUUCCCGAUGCCAAAAUGUGUGUUAACGGUCACACCACGUGCAGAAAAUGUUGGAGGAAGCUCACAGUGUGCCCAAUUUGUCGAGGUUUAUUUAGGAAAGGUAAACUUUAUAUUUUGGAAAACGUAUUUAACAAAUUGACAGUGCCGUGUCCCCAUGAGGGUUGUGAGGAGAAGAUAAAAGGCGCUGUACUUUUGUCGCAUCUUAUAAAAUGCGAUCACGUUGCAAUAGAAUGCCCUCUCAAAUGUCACAGGUGCAGGUGGUCCGGAAGCAGGGGACAUUUAGAAGAACAUUUAAAAAAGCAACAUCUCCAAAACCUCUACUUUGACACUCCUACGAGCAUUUACCUUUGUGGCUUGGGGAGACCGUUGCCAGAAAGUUAUUUCCAAUUAUAUGUAUUGGUCUUUUGCGUCUAUGAUCGAAUAUUUCGAAUUAUCCUAGAAUUCUACAUCCAAUCCAACAGCAUCAGCAUCAACAUUUGCGAAAUAGGAGGUAGAAACGAGGAACACGAAACCUACAGUAUUGAUAUAUUUUCUAUCAGGGAAAGCACGUCGUCGAUUGAACUCUUAUCAUCUGGGUUAAUAUGUUACAACGAUGAUAUGGAUGUGUCGCGAACCCAUAGAUUUAUUUUGCCUGACAAGAUGUUGUCUAAAUUAAUUAUUGAUAACGACGGACUUUGGCUCAAAGUGGCAAUUUCCAGACUAGAAAGCCAAAGAUGACUGGUUUUUCUACCUGGGUUAUAAAAAAUUAUAUUUCGGAACGAAGAGACUAGCGCAAUAUUCAAAAGGUGUACUGUAAACUUUAACAAUCUAAAAAUUUCGUACUUAUCUGAAUGUUUCACCUUAACCAAUUAACUAAAACACGUGGCUUGCACAUCGUUAUCAAUAAAAACUACUUAAGGAUGCGACUUACCUUUUGCUUGAUUUUUUGGACUGAGUUUUAGAUUAGUUUGUAAAAAACGGAGAUAUUUAUAUGUGUCCAUGUUUUCCUAUUUAC